CUGAAGGUAACGGUUCCUGUUUACAUCACAGAGGCAGGAAGAAGAUCUGCGGUGCAACAUGGCGUCCAGCAGUGGUGCAAAGAAUGAUUUUCGGCGCAAGUGGGACAAAGAUGAGUAUGAACAACUGGCUCAGAAGCGAAUCACGGAGGAAAGAGAGAAAAAAGAUGGCAAACCUGUCCCCCCAGUCAAACGAGAGCUCCUCCGGCACAGAGAUUACAAGGUGGAUUUGGAGUCUAAGCUUGGAAAGACCAUCGUCAUCACUAAGACUACACCACAGGCUGAGAUGGGCGGGUACUAUUGCAAUGUUUGUGAUUGUGUUGUGAAAGACUCCAUCAACUUUUUGGAUCACAUCAAUGGCAAGAAACAUCAGAGGAACCUGGGAAUGUCGAUGCGAGUGGAACGCUCAUCGUUGGACCAAGUUAAAAAACGUUUCGAGAUUAACAAAAAGAAGCUGGAGGAAAAACAGAAGGAGUAUGAUUUCGAGGAGCGAAUGAAGGAAUUGCGGGAAGAGGAGGAAAAAGCAAAAGCAUAUAAAAAGGAGAAGCUAAAAGAAAAGAAAAGAAAGGCAGAGGAAGACCUUAAUUUUGAAGAUGAUGAUGAAAUGGCUGCUGUAAUGGGAUUCUCAGGGUUUGGUUCCUCCAAAAAGGGCCACUGAAUACAAAUGUGUCAUGUUUUCCCAUGCUGAGGCCUCACCACUCUGUCCAACUGGAGGACUGGUUAGAUUUUGUCAACUGCACCGAAUGCCAUGAGAAAAUACAACGCCAACAAAUAAUCCAAUCCACUUAAUUUGCCACCAUUUGUUAUUUGACAUCUGAAUACUUGUGUAAAUCUGAUGAGCUGUUAUUCCUUUUACUUGUUCAGUCUCUUCUGUAGAUUUUGAGUGACAGAGUAAACUAAAGCAAUAUGGCAUUACUGAAGACCUUCUAAUGGAUAUUUUUACUGACAUGAGGUAAUAAAGUGUGUAGGUGCUAAAGGAUUUUUUUUU